CCUUAACCUCUACCAGAACUGCCUGCGCUCACUGCCUGAGAGUCUUCUCAAUCUCCAGGCCCUCACCUACCUAAACAUAAGCUGAUUCUCAAGAUCUUGCGCACUAAUGAGAUGCUAUUGAGCCCACACUACUACACUGUCUGAGCAAAGGACUACAUGCUCUCUGUCUUUACAGGAAAAUGCCACGGGCACUAUCUGAUGGGUGGAGACAUUUCGCUGCAGCUAAUGUAGAAGGAAAAGCUGUGUACAUUUGCAAAUACUGUGCCAAAUCAUAUGUGAAGAAUGUAACAAAGGUGCAGAGUCAUCUGGCCAAGUGCAUUAAAGUUCCCUCAGCGCUCACAACAAGCAACCUCUAUUUGAGGUGAAAAUAAUGAAUCAGACACCUUAUCGAUAGCAACAGCUCAUGGUCCUCCUGGAAUCAAAGGUUUUUUUGACUCAAUGGCGGAACGUAGUAAGAGAACUGCUGACUAAUGUCUUGCUCAAGCUGUGUAUGCAGGUUCACCUCUGAUCCUCACAGGCAAUGUGUGUUGGAAGAGAUUUCUGAAUGUUCUUCGUCCAGCGUGUACACCCCUCCAACCAGACAUGCUUUAUCUACUAAUUUAAUCGAUGCAGAGUUCAAGUGAAGGUCAAGCAAAUCGUAGUGCAAGCAGACUAUAUUGCAAUCAUCUCUGAUGGGUGGUCGAAUGUUCUUGGGCAAGGAAUAAUUAACUACAUCUCCACCCCUCAACCAGUAUUCUACAAGAGCACAGACACAAGGGACAACAGACACAAUCCGGUCUCUACAUUGCAGAUGAGCUGAAGUCAGUCAUCAAUGACCUUGGACAACCGAAGUCGAAACCAGUUGUCGACCCUGCCCAGCCCGGUGUGCAGUCUGCCGUUGAAGGUCCUGAUUGCCUGUAACAACAAGCUUGUCUCCCUUCCCGAAGAGCUGGGCCAACUACUACAGCUCACAGAACUGGACGUGAGUUGUAAUGAGAUCCAGACACUCCCUCCUCAGGUUGGUCGACUGGACUCGCUGCGAGACCUUAACAUCCGCCGCAACCACCUGGCCCGCUUGCCCCCAGAGCUGUCUGAGUUGCCCCUGGUGCGUCUGGACUUCUCUUGUAACAAGGUGACAUCCAUCCCUGUAUGUUACCGCAACCUGCGCCACCUACAGAGCAUCGUGCUGGACAACAACCCACUACAGAACCCACCUGCACAGAUUUGUAUAAAGGGGAUGAUCCAUAUAUUUAAGUAUCUGAACAAUGAGGCCAGCAAGACUCCACCUGAGCUCCCAGACUACGACAGGAGACCCCUCCCCUUCGGAUCCUGUGUGGAGGAGCUAUACCCUGGCCGGCCAUACGGCGCACUGGACUCUGGCUUCAAUAGCGUGGACAGUGGAGACAAGAGAUGGUCAGGCAACGAGCCCACAGAUGAGUUGCCAGACCUGCCACUGCGUGUGGCAGAGAUCACCAGAGAACAGAGACAGCGGAGGGAGAGGGAGGAGCACAGGACAACUGGCUCCCAUCCGGUUACCAACGGCACAUUAGAGGGAGAGCUGGAGCAGAUAGACUUUAUAGACAGUUUUGCAGGAGAGGAGGAAGAGGAGGGUAGGAGAGGAGAAGUAGCAGAAACCAUCAGCCUCAGCUCCCAGUUCAUGGCAUACAUCGAGCGCCGCAUCACUGGAGAGAGCUCUCCAGUCAAGUCCAACUCCUCCAGAGACUCAAGGACAGAUGACCCGAGACGACACAAUUCUCUGCAGAACAGGACUGUCCAUGAUUCAACCUCUUCUACCUCUCAUAAUCAGAGAGGGUCAGGGGCUGGGGUUAAUGCAGGUCCGAGCGUGGAGCGCGUGCGGAGGAUGGCCCAGUUGGCCGCCCUGCGGUACGAGGAGGAGAGGCAGAAGCCACGCUCAGUGCAGCGGGACGCCGUCAUGACCUACGUCAAGCACAAAGUGUCUCAAAGUCCUACCAAGCUGAGUCCCACAGAGAACGAGAACGCGUACCCCUCCAGGCGUUCCACCCACACGGACGACUCGGCCCUCUUCAUGCAGGGCGAGGAUCGCUGCUCCUCCCUGUCUCCCACAGCCCUCCAAUCACCUUCUUACCCCGGCCCUGUUACUCCGCCCUCCUGCUGUGGACCUGCCCAGCGGCCGGACAGCUUCUUGUUUCGCCUCAGCCAGAAGGAAGAGCAGAGGAGAGGUGAUGGUGCCGCCCCCAGGCCAGAGCCUGAAGAUGUGACCCCUACCCAGGCUCAAGGCCCCAUGGGAGAGGAGGCUGCUCUGGUGGAGCAACUGCGGAAGAACAUAGAGUCACGUCUGAAAGUGUCCUUGCCAAGCGACCUGGGAGCAGCACUGACCGACGGGGUCGUCCUCUGCCAUCUGGCAAAUCACGUGCGGCCACGAUCCGUACCCAGCAUCCAUGUGCCCUCCCCUGCUGUGCCCAAACUGACGAUGGCCAAAUGUCGGCGGAACGUGGAGAACUUUCUGGAGGCGUGUCGCAGGAUCGGGGUUCCACAGGAGAGGCUGUGCACAGUGGAGGAGGUUCUGGAUGGCCGGGGAGGCUGUGUUUACGGGACGCUGGGGGUCCUGCUCUCCAUGGCUCCUCCCCCCCUCCAAAUGCCUUCUCCUCCGGCCCAGCUGGCAGGCUUCGCCCUCUUCUAUCUGUCCAUCAUGUCUGUACUGUGUGCCCUGUACUGCCACCUGGUGCCCCACCUCUGAACUGUCUGUCUGGACAACACAAUCCCUUCCUCACAUUCCUCGUCCCACAACAAACGGACUCUCUACCACUUGUGCACACACUAUCUCAAACACACACCACUCGCACUCCUCUGUGCUUCUCAUUUCAUAUUGCGAUGUUUUCCAUCACUGCAGCAUUAUCUAUUCAGACACAGCAGUCAGCAGAACUCAACAAGGGAAAAACACAAGAAUAAGUGGACCGCUCCCUCUCUGUCCCACUCUGCCUUAACAAAGAGGAGCGCUCGCCACUGCCUGGUUUGCCAUCCACUGAAACGGGCACAACUCCAUAUGCCAAAUACCAUAUAGUAGGUUUUAUCUUUUGUUGUUCCAGUUGUUUGUUGGGUAGGUUACUUGCGUCUCCUCAAGGAGUGGCAAGGUGGACCUUCAAUGCUCCCUCGUUACCCUUCUGUCAUGUACUGGCACUCCCCCCAUUUGAGAGGGACAGCGAGACCCUGGAGCUGGCUGUGUUGUCACUGAACUGUCCGCUACUGUACCUACCUACUGAACCUCCGUCUGUGCCUUAAGUUUGUCCGCCUGCCAACGUGUGUUUCCGAUGGAACAUUCCCACCCGAAGCCACUUCCAUUGCACUAAUAACAUCAAUCAAGUCGGAGUGCUUGUCCAAUGUAGCCUACGUGCUGCUUCCUCCCUCCUCCUGUCCCUGAGACGAACAAACCACUGACUAAUCAAUGCCGAGCGCUUCUCUUCUCUCCUGAAUCUAGCACAGCUUAGCCUAAGCUGCAAAGUCAGUCUGAAGUUUUAGCCUAAUCAAGAGAGCAGGUCGGCGAGGGUCAUGUUAGCCUUUGAGUCUUUGCUGACGCACAAUCAAGUUUCCGACAGGAACCCUUUUUAUUUCCUUGACUGUCUGUGAUCCAGCCCCCCUCUGUCAUAAUGCUCAUUUUGUGGCUCCGGGGAGAUCUUUCCGCUAGAUAUAGAUCUAGGAUCAGCUACACCUCCCCAAUCCUAACCUUUAAAGAGGAACUGAAACGCUCAAAUCACCCUACAUUUUACAAGGUAUGUACCCUGUUGAAGGUAAUGUUCUGAAAAUACUUCUAAAACAUAAUAUGAUAAAUUCGUAGAGUUCCUAGCACAAGCUUCUUCAAAAAAGUCUUUAUUUAACUUGGCAAGUCGGAGAGAUAUACCUGCUGGAACGCGUGUUUCAGGUGGGUGCUGCUAUGGUGACCAGCGAGCUGAGAAAAGGGGGGACUUUACCUAGCAGGGUCUUGUAGAUGACCUGGAGCCAGUGGGUUUGGCAACGAGUAUGAAGCGAGGACCAGUCAACGGGAGUGAACAAGUCGCAGUGAUGGGUAGUAUAUGGGGCUUUGGUGACAAAACGGAUGGCACUGUGACAGACUGCAUCCAAUUUGUUGAGUAGGGUAAUUGGAGGCUAUUUUGUAAAUGACAUUGCCGAAUUUGAGGAUCGGUAGGAUGGUCAGUUUUACAAGGGUAUGUUUGGCAGCAUGAGUGAAGGAUGCUUUGUUGCGAAAUAGGAAGCCAAUUCUAGAUUUAACUUUGGAUUGGAGAUGUUUGAUGUGAGUCUGGAAGGAGAGUACAGUCUAACCAGACACCUAGGUUUUUGUAGUUGUCCACAUAUUAUAAGUCAGAACCGUCCAGAGUAGUGAUGUUGGGCGGGCAGGUGCAGGCAGCGAUCGGUUGAAGAGCAUGCAUUUAGUUUUACUUGUAUUUAAGAGCAAUUGGAGGCCACGGAAGGAGAGUUGUAUGGCAUUGAAGCUCGCCUGGAGGGUUGUUGUCCAAAGAAGGGUCAGAGGUAUACAGAAUGGUGUCGUCUGCGUAGAGGUGGACAGAGAAUCACCCGCAGCAAGAGCGACAUCAUUGAUGUAUACAGAGAAGAGAGUCAGUCCAAGAAUUGAACCCCGUGGCACCCCCAUAGAGACACACUGAACUCUCUAUCAGAGAAGUAGUUGGUGAACCAGGCGACGCAAUCAUUUGUGAUACCAAGGCUAUCGAGUCUGCCGAUGAGGAUGUGGUGAUUGAGUCGAAAGCCUUGGCCAGGUCAAUGAAUAUGGUUGCACAGUAUUGUUUCUUGUCGAUGGCGGUUAAGAUAUUGUUCAGGGCCUUGAGCGUGGCUGAGGUGCACCCAUGACCAGCUCUGAAACCAGAUUGCAUAGCGGAGAAGAUACUGUGGGAUUCGAAAUGGUCGGUUAUCUGUUUGUUGACUUGGCUUUCGAAGACCUUAGAAAGGCAGGGUAGGAUAGAUAUAGGUCUGAAGCAGUUUGGGUCAAGAGUGUCCCCCCCUUUGAAGAGGGGGAUGACCGCAGCUGCUUUCCAAUCUUUGGGAAAGAGAGGUUGAACAGGCUAGUAAUAGGGGUGGCAACAAUUUUGGCAGAUCAUUUUAGAAAGAAAGGGUCCAGAUUGUCAAGCCCGGCUGAUUUGUAGGGGUCCAGAUUUUGCAGCUCUUUCAGAACAUCAGCUGACUGGAUUUGGGAGAAGGAGAAAUGGGGAAGGCUUGAGCGAGUUGCUGUGGGGGGUGCAGUUCUGUUGACUGGGGUAGGGGUAGCCAGGUGGAAAGCAUGGUCAGCCGUAGAUACAGUGGGGCGAAAAAGUAUUUAGUCAGCCACCAAUUGUGCAAGUUCUCCCACUUAAAAAGAGAGGCCUGUAAUUUUCAUCAUAGGUACACUUCAACUAUGACUGACAAAAUGAGAAGAAAAAAACCCGAAAAUCACAUUGUAGGAUUUUUAAUGAAUUUAUUUGCAAAUUAUGGUGGAAAUAAGUAUUUGGUCACCUACAAACAAGCAAGAUUUCUGGCUCUCACAGACCUGUAACUUCUUCUUUAAGAGGCUCCUCUGUCCUCCACUCGUUACCUGUAUUAAUGGCACCUGUUUGAACUUGUUAUCAGUAUAAAAGACACCUGUCCACAACCUCAAACAGUCACACUCCAAACUCCACUAUGGCCAAGACCAAAGAGCUGUCAAAGGACACCAGAAACAAAAUUGUAGAACAAUGACUGUCUGUACCAUGGUAGAAAUUAAUGAACUUAUAGCCGGACUGGCAAAUAGGGAGAGACGAUGUGAGAACCAUACAGCCAUUGUACUGGAACGGAGAUGACACGGGCUAGUACUAAAACUAAUGAUGUCAUUUUCAGUUUAUAAUCUGUGGUAAAAUGUGUAAUGGGCAGUACUCUCGUGACUAAACGCUGCUGAUUGACUUUAAGACUGGGCUCUGUCCAUUUUAUACUAUCAAGAGUCAUACAAAUUCUUAUGAAUUGACAGUGUUUAAUUUUAAUUGGGUAUUAAAGCAGAGGAAUUUAAUUCCUGCAACACACGGGGGGGGGGGGGGAGACCUAGUGAAUGACCUGCAGAAAGCUGGGACCCAAGUAACAAAGCCUACCAUCAGUAACACACUAUGCUGCCAGGGACUCAAAUCCUGCAGUGCCAGACGUGUCCCCCUGCUUAAGCCAAUACAUGUCCAGGCCUGUCUGAAGCUUGCUAGAGAGCAUUUGGAUGAUCCAGAAGAAGAUUGGGAGAAUGUCAUAUGGUCAGAUGAAACCAAAGUAUAACUUUUUGGUCAAAACUCAACUCGUCGUGUUUGGAGGACAAAGAAUGCUGAGUUGCAUCCAAAGAACACCAUACCUACUGUGAAGCAUGGGGGUGGAAACAUCAUGCUUUGGAGCUAUUUUUCUGCAAAGGGACCAGUAAGAUUGAUCCGUGUAAAGGAAAGAAUGAAUGGGGCCAUGUAUCGUGAGAUUGAGUGAAAACCUCCUUCCAUCAGCAAGGGCAUUGAAGAUGUAACGUGGCUGGGUCUUUCAGCAUGACAAUGAUCCCAAACACACCGCCCGGGCAACGAAGGAGUGGCUUCGUAAGAAGCAUUUCAAGGUCAUGGAGUGGCCUUGCCAGUCUCCAGAUCUCAACCCCAUAGAAAAUCUUUGGAGGGAGUUGAAAGUCCGUGUUGCCCAGCAACAGCCCCAAAACAUCACUGCUCUAGAGGAGAUCUGCAUGGAGGAAUGGGCCAAUUUACAAGCAACAGUGUGUGAAAACCUUGUGAAGACUUACAGAAAACGUUUGACCUCUGUCAUUGCCAACAAAGGGUAUAUAAUAAAGUAUUGAGAAACUUUUGUUUUCAUAAUUUGCAAAUAAAUUCAUUAAAAAUCCUACAAUGUGAUUUUCUGGAUUUUUUUUCUUCUAAUUUUGUCUGUCAUAGUUGAAGUGUACCGAUGAUGAAAAUUACAGGCCUCAUCUUUUUAAGUGGGAGAACUUGCACAAUUGGUGGCUGACUAAAUACUUUUUUGCCCCGCUGUAAAUGCGUAAUGAAAUUCUCAAUUAUAGUGGUUUUAUCGGUGGUGACAGUGUUUCCUAUCUUCAGUGCAGUGGGCAGCUGGGAGGAGGUGUUCUUAUUCUCCAUGGACUUUGAGUUUGUGUUGCAGGAAGCAAAUUUAUGCUUGAAAAAGCUAGCCUUGGCUUUUCUAACUGCCUGUGGAUAUUGGUUUCUAGCUUCCCUGAAAAGUUGCAUAUCAUGGGGACUGUUCGAUGCUAACGCAGAACGCCAUAGGAUGUUUUUGUGUUGGUUAAGGGCAGUCAGGUCUGGAGAGAACCAAGGGCUAUAUCUGUUCCUGGUUCUAAAUUUCUUGAAUGUGGCAUGCUUAUUUAAGAUGGUGAGGUCAAGUUGGUUAGGAUGAUAUCGAUGAGGGUGUCCGUGUUUACGGCUUUGGGGUGGUACCUGUUAGGUUCAUUGAUAAUUUGUGUGAGAUUGAGGACAUCAAGCUUAGAUUGUAAGAUGGCUGGGGUGUUAAGCAUUUUCCAGUUUAGGUCGCCUAGCAGCACGAGCUCUGAAGAUAGAUGGGGGGCAAUCAGUUCACAUAUGGUGUCCAGAGCAUAGCUGGGGCAGAGGGUGGUCUAUAGCAGGCGGCAACAGUGAGAGACUUGUUUUUAGAGAGGUGGAUUUUUAAAAGUAGAAGUUCAAAUUGUUUGGGUACAGACCUGGAUAGUAGGACAGAGCUCUGCAGGCUAUCUUUGCAGUAGAUUGCAACACCUCCCCCUUUGGCCGUUCUAUCUUGUCUGAAAAUGUUGUAGUUAGGGAUAAAGAGUUCAGAAUUUUUGGUGGUCUUCCUAUUGGCUUCCUAGUGGCUUCUAAUGUUAACAUGCAUAAAACCAAGGCUAUUACGGUUACAGAAGUCAUCAAAAGAUUGCGCCUGGGGAAUAGGAGUGGAGCUUGGCACUGCAGGGCCUGGAUUCACCUCAACAUCAACGGAGUAGGAUAAGGGUACGGCUAAAAGCUAUGAGAAUUGGUCGUCUAGAACGUCUGGAACAGAGAGUAAAAGGAGGUUUCUGGGGGCGAUAUAAUGUACAGACAAAGAUAUGGUAGGAUGUGAAUACAGUUGAGGUAAACCUAGAUAUUUAGUGAUAUUGUCUCUAGAAACAUCAUUGAAACCAGGAGAUGUCAUCGCAUGUGUGGGUGGUGGAACUAAUAGGUUGGAUAAGUUAAAGUGAGCAGGACUAGAGGCUCUACAGUGAAAUAAUCCAAUAAACACAAACCAGAACAGCAAUGGACAAGGCUUAUUGACAUUAAGAAGAGGCAUGCUUAGUCGAGUGAUCAUAAGGGUCCGGUGAGUAGUGAGGUUGGUUGGGGUCGCAGCGAUUCAGACAGCUCGCCGGGCCAUCGGUAGCAGGCUGGCAGAGAAUGGAGGUCUGUUUUUAGCUACCUCGUGCUUUUCCGUCGGUAGAAUAGUGGGGUUCCGUGUGGUAGAGGGGAUCAAUCCAAUUGGCAAAAUAAAUAUAGUUAUGGUGACCCAAGAAAAAUUGUCCGAUAGACCUAUUCAGAUAGCAGCCGAUAAGACAGCUAACGAUUUGUGGGCCACAGAUGGGCGUUCAGGUAACGUCGCGAUGGAGGGGCCAGUUGGAUAACUCACUCGGGCAGAUAACGUCUGUCGUCCAGUCGUGAAGCUCUGGUGGGCCUCCGCAUCGGCAGUAAAACGGGUCCGGAUAGGUGAUUGUAGCCCAGGAGUGACUGAUGGAACUCUUCAGCUGGCUAGCUCCGGAAUAAUUUAUGUUUGCUCCGGGAUCGACGUAAGCCAAUAGUCACAUGGAUAGCAGCUAGCUAGCUGCAAGAUCCAGGUGUAAAUGUCCAGAGCUUGCGGUUGAAAUCCGGGGGUAUGGAGAGAAAAAUAGGUCCGGUAUGUUCUGGUCUGAGUCGCGUUGUACAAAACUGCCGAUAGCUUUUCGAGCUUACAGUGAGGGACUUCAGAUGUGCCAAACCUAAGAGAGGCUAGCUAUUCAGUUAAUGCAAGCUAACGUUAGAUGCAGACAUGUAGGUUGUUAGAUGUCCACUCCUAUUAAAUCAAUUGCAGCUAGUUGUGAGAUUUACCAAAUGAUCCUGCCAGUAUCCAUAGUGAAAUGAAUCAUCCAUAGUAAAAUUCUGCACUGAAGCAAGCUGAUAACAUCACAAGCUACUGUAGCUAACUGACCCAUCAAUGAUAGCUGAGCUUGCCAUGAUUUUGGACUUGCUAGCGAGCUAUGAUAGCCCACCUUGCACAGUAUAUUUGUUUUUUAUUUAUUUGUUGGACAUAAACACUACAUAAAGAGAGACCUAAGACAACUGCACAACAUGGCAACACAUGACAAUACAACAUAUUAGCAACCCAUCAUGACAACAUUCACCACCAUGGUAGCAACACCAACAUGGUAGACAGCAAUACAUCACUCAAAGCAACCACAAGUGCCAGUAAGAGUGUCAAUGGUGGGAGUCUUUGAAUGUAAAGAGAACUGUCCAGUUUGAGUGUUUGUUGCAGCUCGUUCCAGUUGCUAGCUACAGCGAACUGAAAAGAGGAGCGACCCAGGGAUGUGUGUGCUUUAGGGACCUUUAUCAGAAUGUGAGACUGGCAGCACGGGCGUUGUAUGUGGAGGAUGAGCGCUGCAGUAGAUAUCUCAGAUAGGGGGGAGCAAGGCCUAAGAGGGUUUUAUAAAUAAGCAUCAACCAGAGGGUCUUGCGAAGGGUAUACAGAGAUGACCAGAUUACAGAGGAGUAUAGAGUGCAGUUAUGUGUCCUAUAAGGAGCAUUGGUGGCAAAUCUGAUGGCCAAAUGGUGAAGAACAUCUAGCCGUUCGAGAGCACCCUUAACUGCCGAUCUAUAAAUGAUGUCUCCAUAAUCUAGCAUGGGUGGGUUGGUAAUCUGAUUCAGCGUUUGGCAGCUGGGGUGAAAGAUAGAGAGAACUAAUCCUGCAGCUUGGAAAUGAAAACAUUCUCAAUAAAGCUACUAACAUGCAUUGUAAUCUGGGCUGCCUGUCAGAUGAACCAUUCAAGUGAUGUCAUUUAUGGCGGCCCGCAUUAGUCAAAGAGCCAAUUUUCUAAUGUUUUUUGCAGCUACUUUAAGGGUAGGAACUUGCUUCUUUACCACAUUUGACUUAAUAAAAUGUUUCAGUUCUUCUUUAACCAUUAGUAGGGAAAACUGACCCACGAUCAGUGUCAGGAGGCAACUUCAAUUUACACCCAUUUUAGCACUUGCCUGAUCCCAGGUCUGUUUGUGUGUGAAAACAAAUCUGGGACCAGUCUUGGUAGGCACAAGCUGUGGUAACAAUCAGCCCCUGGAUAUGACUGGACUGCCUUCAGAAAGUAUUCCCGCCCUGUGACUUUUUACAAAUUUUGUUGUCUUACAAAGUGGGAUUAAAAUUAAUUUAAUUGUCAUUUUUUUGUCUACGAUCUACAGAAAAUACUCUGACAAAGUGUGGGGGGGGAUUAUGAAAAAUCAAACCCUAAUCUUGACUAGGUAUGUAUUCAAUACAUAAGUCCAAUGCUUGUUAGAAACCCCCUUGGCAGCGAUUACAGAUGUGAGAUCUGUGAAAUUGGAUGUUGAUCAUUCGUAGACAUCCAUUUUCAGGUUUUGCCAUAGAUUUUCAAGCAGAUUUGGGUCAGAACUACAAUUAUGCCACUCAGGAACAUUCACUUUCUUCCUUGUAAGCAACUAAAGUGUAGAUUUGGCCUUGUGUUUUAGGUUAUUGUCCUGUUGAAAGUUGAAUGUGUCACUCUCACCUGUGCUUAGCUCCAUUCCAUUUAUUUAUUUUAUCCUGGAAAGUCCCCAGUCCUUAAUUAUUACAAGCAUACCCAUAACAUGAUGCAGCCACCACUAUGCUUGAAAAUAUGUGGAGUGGCACAGAGUAAUGAAUGCAUUACAGAGUAAUGUAUUCAGGACAAAUUGUGUAUUGAUUUGUAUUUUUUUUAUGCAGUAUUACUUUAGUGCCUUGUUGCAAACAGGAUGCAUGUUCUGGAAUAUUUUUCUGUACAGGCAUCCUUUUCACUGUCAAUUAGCUUAGUAUUGUGGAAUAACUACAAUGUUGAUCCAUCCUCAGUGUUGUCCUAUCACAGCCAUUAUUAAACUGUUUUAAAGUCACCAUAAGGCUCAUGGUGAAAUCCCAGAGCGGUUUCCUUCCUUCCUGGGGCGUUGUGUGUUAGGAAGGUCACCUGUGUCUUUGUAAUGACUGGGUGAAUUGAUGCACAAUCCAAAGUGUAAUUAAUAACUUCACCAUGUUCAUGGGGAUAUGUAAUAUCUGCUUUGUUUUAUUUUACCCUUCUACCAAUAGGCGCCCUUCUUUGCGAGGCAUUGGAAAAUCUCCCUGGUCUUUGUGGUUGAAUCUGUGUUUGAAAUUCACUGCUCAACUGAUGGACAGAUAAUUCUCUGUGUGUGGGGUACAGAGAUGAAGUAGUCAUUUAAAAAUCAUUAUCAACACUAUUAUUAUACACAGUGAGUUCAUGCAACUUAAUAUGUGACUUGUUAAGGACAUUUUUACUCCUGAACUUAUUUUAGACUUGCAAUAACAAAGGGGUUAGAAAUUUCAGACUUUUAUUUUGUAAAAAAUCAAAUUUUGACAUGGGGCGUUGUGUGUAAUCAGUUUUAAAUUCAGGCUGUAACAAAAUGUGGAAAGUCAUGGCGUGUGAAUAGUUUCUGAAGGCACUGCAUAUUGCAAUGAGUGCUCUUAUACUGCUCUAUAGACAAAGCACAUAUUCUGAGAAAGAGCGAGCAAGUGACUCUGGGUUUGUCCCAAAUGGAACCCUAUUCCUUAGCGUGUACUACUUUUGAUCUGAACCCUAUGGGCCCCCUGGUUAAAAGUAGUGCGCUCAAUAGGGAAUAGGGUGCCAUUCGGGGCGCAGGCUGCGUGUGUAGUUUGUUGUUGGUCUAUGCUGAAUGACAAGGAGUAAUGUCUCCUUUGGCUCUCAAGAGCGGUGUGUAUGUUCUCUGUGUCAGUGGUCUGUUUGGUUAGAGGAUGUGUACCCACGUGCCGAUCUCUACUGUUGUUGACCGUUCAACUCUUUCCCAGAGCUCCUCCUUUCACAAUAAAAUCAACCAAAUAUUUGGUGUUACUUCCUUUC